AUGUUCGAGGAUGGGGCGACGGGCAGGCGGCUGCGGCUCAUCGUCACGGACGAGCUCGGGAUCCUUCGCAGGGCCGAGGCGGCGGGCAGGUCCGCGCUCGGGUCGAAGGAAACCUUCACGAUGAACGCGCGAUGGGGGCAGGCGUCGCGGGCGCGGGGUUUCGUCAAGGGAUGCUGCAGCGCGGGGCAAUCCGGCGACAGCGGUGUCGUCACCACGAGCGACGACGCCCCCAGCGGAUGGCUCGCGGUGGCGAGGAACGACAAGACCGCGGAGGUCAUCGAGAUGGCCACCGGCGCCGCGAUGGGCGGCGGGCCCGUGGACGUCGGCGGCACCCCAGUCGCGGUCGACCUCUUCGGCCCCGGGAGCGCGCGCGAGGGAUGCCGCCUGGUCACCGUCACCGAGGAGGGCGAUGCCGUCGUCCACGCGUGUGGAUAUGAGGGCGUCGUCACCGGCUUCGGCGACCUCUCCCUCGGCGUCGGCGCCGGGCAGGAGCGGAUCGUCGAGGAAUGGAGCGAAGAAUCGCGCUUCAAGGUCAUCGGCAACGCGCUCAGCGCCCGGGUCGGCGGCGGCGGCGACAGGCUCAUAUGCGGAGGCAAGGGCCAGGGCAACGACGUCAAGAUGUACGACGUGGAGGAGCAGAAGGUGAUAUACAAGUCGAAGCCGCCGCCGCCCAACUGGCUCGGGUACCGCGCUCCCCCUUACGUGAGCGCCAUGCACUUCAUCCCCGGCACCGACUGUCGCGAGUUUCUCGUGGGCACCGGGGAGCACAUGCUCCGGAGGUACGACGUUCGCGAGAAGCGCGCGGUGAUGGACGUGCCGAUCGGGGAGUGGGUCAUCACGUCGCUGCAGAUGAACCACGAUCAGAGCGUCGCGUACGUGGCCAACAACCACGGCAACCUCUUCGGGUUUGACAUGAAGACCCAGCGGAUGGCGCACAAGUUCAAGGGGCACCAGGGCGGGAUCAGGCAGAUCGCCGUGCACCCGGAGGAGGACCUCAUCGUUUCCGCGGGUCUCGACAGGUGGCUCAGGGUGUUCUCGAUGUCGACCAGGAAGUGCUUGGGGCAGGUGUACAUGCAGCAGGUGAUGUGUGGGGUUCAGUGGGACGCGAGGUCGCCAGCUUGGGAGGAGGCCUUCGCCGAGGCGGAGAAGAAGGCCAAGGGGAAGAAGAAGAAGAAAAAGGCGCGGGCAGUGGAGGAUGCGGACGAGGAGGAGGUUCCGAAGAAGAAGAAGAAGCUCAAAAAGUCCGACGGGGAGAAGGUUGCGAAGAAAAAGAAGAAGAAGGUUCGGCGAGACGACGACGACGACGACGAGUUUUAG